AUGUCCCUAUCCAGCUUCACGAUCCCUCGCGACCUCGACCUCGACCACGAUCAUCACGGCGCGUCACCGUCCUCCGAAACUGUCCCCGUCUCGUCGACAGCAGACCUGAGCCGCGAUGCUCUGCUGCGCUUCCCCGCCUUUCGCAUCUGGCUCAGCACCCUGCACUGGUCGUUGAGCCGGCAACACCAACAGCAACAGUCCCCCCACGAGUUCUCCCGAGACCCGUACGUCCUUCGCGGAAUCGAUAUCCAGGCGGUCGACUAUUUUGGCGGUGGGCGGUUGGGCUUUGUGAAGCUGAAAGCAGAGGUCUCGAAUGGAAGCGGCGAGACACUCCCGGGCAGCGUCUUCCUACGCGGGGGCAGUGUGGGGAUGCUGCUCAUCCUCCAACCGGACGACGUCCCUCCAUCCAAUGAAGAAGAAAAACGCGUCGUCUUGACCAUCCAGCCUCGAAUCCCGGCGGGAUCCCUGGCCUUCACGGAGAUUCCCGCCGGCAUGUUGGAUGACAGUGGGUCUUUUGCGGGAGGCGCGGCCAAAGAGAUCCAGGAGGAGACAGGGCUGACCAUCCCGCAAGAGGAGCUGAUCGAUUUGACGGCCUUGGCCUUGGAGCCGGGCGCCGCCGGGUCAGAAGAUGAGGAGAGGGGGGGAGAGUCGCUGCAGAAGGCCGUGUAUCCUUCGGCGGGCGGCAGUGACGAGUUCAUCCCUUUGUUUCUGUGCCAGAAGCGCAUGCCGCGCGAGGAGAUCGAGAGUCUGCAGGGUAGGCUGACCGGAUUACGGCAGCACGGAGAGAAGAUUACGCUGAAAGUGGUGCCAUUAAAGGAUCUAUGGAAGGAAGGUGUGCGCGAUGGGAAGACCCUUGCCGCAUGGGCGCUGUACAGGGGACUCAAAGAGGAGGGGAAACUCUAG